CUUUUGAACAAAACCUCUUCCUGAAAAGAGAAGGGGAAGAAAGCAGUGGAUCAGUUUUCUGAAGGUCUCUUUCUGUAUGUCUCUCCCUUCCCCCCAGAGACGAAUAGCAAGGGGAGGAGCUCACUCACUGUUCUAACCACACUUCGUAUGUCUUGACUUGAGUGCUUUUUGGUUUCCUGUCGGCAGCAAUUCAAUUCUGUGCCAUCUUGACUUGCCUGAAGGGUGGAUAAAUUGGUAACUGUACUUUAUGCAGGGGAGUGAGUUCUCACAGCCCGAUUUGAGCGUGAGGCAUGAGAUUGAAUUUAUGAAAGCUUCGGUAGCCUCUGAAGACAACAUCUUUCUUCUGUGACUUUGAAUUUUUUCCUCAUAUUUGUGGGCUGUUGUUUCUGAGAAGAAUCUGUCAUGACGCUACUGGAACCUGAGAUGUUAAUGAUGGCAGUACAGUCCGUGCUGCAGUUGAAGCUCCAGCAGCGCCGGACGCGGGAAGAACUGGUGAGCCAAGGGAUCAUGCCGCCUUUGAAAAGUCCAGCUGCAUUUCACGAGCAGAGAAGGAGCUUGGAGCGGGCCAGGACAGAGGACUAUCUGAAACGGAAGAUUCGUUCCCGGCCGGAGAGAUCGGAGCUGGUCAGGAUGCACAUUUUGGAAGAGACCUCGGCCGAGCCUUCCCUGCAGGCCAAGCAGCUGAAGCUGAAGAGAGCCAGGCUGGCUGAUGACCUCAACGAGAAGAUUGCACAGAGGCCUGGCCCCAUGGAGCUGGUGGAGAAGAACAUCCUGCCUGUGGAGUCCAGCCUGAAGGAGGCCAUCAUCGUGGGCCAGGUAAACUACCCGAAGGUAGCAGACAGCUCUUCCUUUGACGAGGACAGCAGUGAUGCCUUAUCUCCUGAGCAGCCUGCCAGCCAUGAGUCCCAGGGCUCGGUGCCAUCACCUCUGGAAGCCCGAGUCAGUGAGCCACUGCCCAGUGCCACCUCUGUGUCCCCCACUCAGGUUGUGUCUCAACUCCCAGUGGGCCCGGAGUCCGGAGAAACGCUUUUCCUGGUGGAGCAGCCUCCUCUGCCUCCCAGCCUCACCAACGGAACCGCGGUCCCCGCUGCCAAGCCCCUCCCCACACUCAUUAAGCAAAGCCAACCCAAGGCUGCCGGUGAGAAGUCUCAGCGCAGCAAGAAAGCCAAGGAGCUGAAGCCAAAGGUGAAGAAGCUCAAGUAUCACCAGUACAUCCCUCCGGACCAAAAGCAGGACAAAGGGGCGCCCCCCAUGGAUUCCUCCUAUGCCAGGAUCCUGCAGCAACAGCAGCUCUUCCUGCAGCUCCAGAUCCUCAACCAGCAGCAGCAGCAGCACUACAACUACCAGACCAUCCUGCCCGCCCCCCCCAAGCCAGCGGGUGAGGCUCUGGGAAGCAGUGGGGCCCCCCCAAUGCGCAGCCUUUCCACUACCAGCAGCAGCUCUGGCUCAGGCGGCCCUGGGCCCGGAGGGCUGGCACGUCAGAACAGCGCCUCACUAACUGGCAAGCCGGGGGCCCUGCCUGCCAACCUGGAUGAUAUGAAGGUGGCAGAGCUGAAGCAGGAGCUGAAGUUGCGGUCACUGCCCGUCUCCGGCACCAAGACGGACCUGAUCGAGCGCCUGCGCGCCUACCAAGAACAAGUCAGCCCUGCCCCCGGAGCGCCCAAGGCCCCCACCGCUGCCUCCAUCCUGCCCAAGGCUGGCGAGGUGGUGGUUGCCUUUCCGGCAGCCCGGCUAAGCACGGGGCCCGCCCUGGUGGCAGCGGGCCUGGCCCCAGCUGAGGUGGUGGUGGCCACAGUGACCAGCAACGGAGUGGUGAAGUUUGGCAGCACGGGCUCCACACCCCCCGUGUCUCCCACCCCUUCGGAGCGUUCUCUGCUCAGCACUGGUGAUGAGAAUUCCACGCCCGGGGAUACCUUUGGCGAGAUGGUGACGUCGCCACUGACCCAGCUCACCCUGCAGGCCUCACCACUGCAGAUCCUUGUGAAGGAGGAGGGCCCCCGGGCCGGGUCCUGCUGUCUGAGCCCAGGGGUGCGGGCAGAGCUGGAGGGGCGUGACAAGGACCAGAUGCUGCAGGAAAAGGACAAGCAGAUUGAGGAGCUGACCCGCAUGCUCCGGCAGAAGCAGCAGCUGGUGGAGUGGCUUAGGCUGCAGCUGGAGCAGGAGAAGCGGGCCCAGCAGCCCACACCAGCCUCGGCCCCAGACCCAGACCCAGACCCGGCCCCGGCCCCUCUCAGCACCGCAGUGAAGCUGGAGAGCAGCUUCUCCAGCUGUCAGCUGAGCAGGCAGCCCCCGGGCCCUGACCACCCCUUCAGCCCCAGCCUUACAGCCCCCGCUGCCCAACAUGUAGACAUCGGUGCCCUGGUGUCCCCAGCCAUGGUGGUGAAGCAGGAAUCCGGCCCGGCCCCAGCCCUGGUCCCUCUAGGCUCCACAGUGAAGCAGGAGAGCAGCUUCUCCAGCUGUCAGCUGAGCAGGCAGCCUCCGGGCCCUGACCACCCCUUCAGCCCCAGCCUGGCAGCCCCUGCUGCCCAGCACAUAGACACCGGUGCCCUGGUGCCCUCGGCGGUGGUGGUGAAGCAGGAAGCCGUGCCGCCUGAACCUGAACCAGCCCCAGCCCCCCAGCUGCUUCAGAGCCCACAGGGCCCCAGCUUCAUCAAGGGGGUCACACCUCCCAGCCUCGUCACUGACUCCACAGGGACCCACCUUGUCCUCACCGUGACCAAUAAGAAUGCAGACAGCCCUGGCCUGGCAGGCGGGAGCCCCCAGCAGAGAGGCCAGCCGCCCCCCACCAAGGUGUCGUUGGCUGCGGGCUCCCUGCUGCUGUCACCCUCACAGCCCAGACCCUCCACUCAGCCUGGUCCAAAGCCCUUGUCCCAGCCUGGUUCUCCAGCUCCUGGCCCACCAGCCCAGAUGGACCUGGAGCACCCGACACAGCCCCUUUUUGGGACCCCCACUUCUAUGCCGAAGAAGGAGCCACCUGGCUAUGAGGAAGCUGUGAGCCAGCAUCCCAGACAGCAGGAAAAUGGUUCCUCAAGCCAGCAGAUGGAUGACCUGUUUGACAUUCUUAUUCAGAGCGGAGAGAUUUCAGCAGAUUUCAAGGAGCCAGGGAAAGAGGAGGCCCCCUCGACAGCUGCCUGUGGGUCACCCCUGGCCACACAGCCCUCACCCUCCACCGAGCUCCCUCAGGCCGCCCCGCCUCCCUCGGGCUCGCCGGCCCUCCCCGGGCGCCUGGAGGACUUCCUGGAGAGCAGCACGGGGCUGCCGCUGCUGACCGGUGGGCACGAGGGGCCAGAGCCCCUCUCCCUCAUUGAUGACCUUCACAGCCAGAUGCUGAGCAGCUCUGCCAUCCUGGACCACCCCCCUUCCCCCAUGGACACCUCGGAAUUGCACUUUGCGCCUGAGCCCAGUGGCGUGGGCCUGGACCUAGCUGACGGCCACCUGGACAGUAUGGACUGGCUGGAGCUGUCUUCCGGGGGGCCCAUGCUCAGCCUGGCCCCGCUCAGCACCACGUCCCCCAGCCUCUUCUCCACGGACUUCCUCGAUGGCCACGACUUGCAGCUACACUGGGAUUCCUGCUUGUAGCUCUGGGGCUGCAGAGUGGGGCGGCUGGGGGGGGGCGGGAAAGUUGGAGAACUUGGGAACUCGGCGCGCUCCUGCCUGGUCAGCCUCUCUGCGCGGGCGUGAGUCUGACAAUCAAGAGGCCCCACUUCCCUCAGGGGGAGGCUGGGGCCAGGUGUCCCUUUGCCUGACUCAGGCUCACGGAGGAGAAAAGCUGCCAAGAAGCAGCUCUGGGUCCCACCCUGGGGUUCUGGGGGGCCUGGACAGGCCAGGGGCUUCUAUUUGACCUCCUUUUGUGAGGUCGGGUGCACUUGCUGGCUGCAGUUUGCUCAGGCAGGCAGGGCCCAGGGCUGAGGCGGGGCCAGGGGCGAAUGUCCUUCCUUCUCCCUUUCCCGAGAGGGAAGGGACUGGCGGGGCCGCUACCUCACCGUCCACGUGACGCCGACACCACUGUCCAGGCCUCCUGGGAGGGGGCUCCCUGCCGUUCUAGUGUCUUGGUGUAGUGUAACCAUGUAGUGGUUGGUGGCAGAGUUUCUGUACAGGUGUAUAUACCUCUAUUAUGUAUCGCCAUACUUAUUACACAUAUACGGGGGGGAGGUGCAGCUCCUCCCCACACUGCGCACACAUGGAAGGGCCUGGAGCCACCGCUCCUGGGGCAGGACACAGCUUACCCUGGCCCACCCAUCACUGUGUUUGACGUGUAGACACCCCGCCACAGCCGGUGCCCCACCUCUCCUGCUUCCUGCUCCUUAUCAAUCAGUGCCACGAGGGCAGAGGUGCUGCCUGGCCACCUGCCCACAUUCCGUCCCGUUGCCUCACUGCAGUCACUAUGGCCCUGGCGCAGCAGCGGCCUCCAAGCUGUGGCCUCUUCCUGCCUGGCCUUCGUUCCGGCCUGUCACUGUUAUUCAUAGGGGAUUAAGGAUGGAGUCACCAAAACCAGUGCUGGGACAGAGGUGGGGAAGCUGUGUGACUUUUUAAAAUAAAAGCAAAACCACCA